CGACGACAUCACCGAAGCAAGAUGUGCGGCCACUCGUCCCUGCUGUUGACACUGGGCCUGUUGACCCUACUCAGCGGUUUGCCCCGUUUCCUGAGGCAGCACAACAGGGGCAAGGCCGAUUGCUCAGGCUCGGCCCCCUGCUCCUUGGCUUUCCUGUCUGACAACCCGCUCAGCCUGCGCUGCCCAGCGGCGUCUGAAGCAGUGGAAGGCACGGUUUACUGGCAGUAUCUCGACCUCAGGCAACCUCAUGCCGAGCCCCGCACCUUCGCCGGACCCCAAGGCCUGAGAGUGAACCGUGGCCCACUGGGUAAGCUGGGCAGCCGCUCCACCCUGCUGGGCGGCUCCUUGAUAUUAUCCCAGGCUCAGACAUCUGAAUCAGGGCUGUACAUCUGCAGGUCGGGCUCGUCCACCCUGGCCGCUUACCAGGUGGAUGUGCAGGACUCGUCACUGCUUCACGUCUCCCACCGGGCCUUGGGCCAGUCCACGCUGGGGAACCGGAGCCUCAGGCUAUCCCCGGGCUCCGUGCCGGGCUCAGGGUGCAUCAUCUGGCUCCACACCCGCUGGGGACCCUGGCAGGACUGCGACAGGUGCGGGGCGGUGGGAGAACGGAAAAGGGUGGGCUUCUGCUACGCCACGUUGGGGGGAGAUGCUGAAGAGGAGGAAGAGGAGGAAGGUGAUACCUUGCCCUGCGGCUUGAUGGAAUACCACUUGGGACAGGCCUUGCCCCGGCGCAGCGCUGAGCUGCAGUUUGAGACCUGCCGGCGGGCGUGCGGGCGGGAGGUGGAGAACACGGGCACCGUGGAGGUGGCUGGUGCCGGGAAUUGGUGGCAGUGGAGUCGAGAGACGGCUUUCGACUGGCUGGAGCCCCGCUCGCUGUUGAUGGAGUCGGUACAUCUCCACGUUCACGAGGAUGCCCGUUUGACCUGCCCCGGCGCCUCGGUGUACACGCCCGCCUCCUGGCAGCGCGGCUCCACCCCAAUCACCCGGCUGGAGCUGUUGCGGGCCCAAAGCAGCAACGGGAACCAUUGGCUAGACGACGAGACGGGCGGUGGGGUCUACCACAUCAACAGGGUGCAGCCAUCCGACCGGGGUGUCUACCGCUGCUGGGUGCGAGGGCGGGAGGUCGCCACCUUUCACCUUGAGCUGCACAAGCCGCUGCCCAAUCUCCGGCGCAUCACCCGGCUGCUGGUCUGCGGCCCCAAAAUCUUGGUCACCUCCUGCGCCCUGGUGUUUGUCAUCAUGGCACUGGCCGAGAUGCUGCGCAGCAUUUGGUGCGAGUAACCGUAAAUCCUCCUCUCGCCCCCACUGUCCUUAACCGCCUACCCCCGCAGAAAGCAGGAGUGGUUGUUUGUUGAGCAACUCUAACGUUGGGUGCAUUGAGACCCUGCGCCUGUGCAGAUGUAUGACACCGGGAGAAGGAGGAGGCUGAAUUGAGUUGCACUGAAGGGACUGCAAAGCAUCACGAGGGACCAGGCUGCACUGGCACCACUUGCAUUUGGCAUAAACAGGACACGCGGUGCAGCUGGGCUUUAUUGGAAGGCGCAGAUAUGGUGCUGGACUGCGUCGGCCCAACUGGGUAGCACUGGGACAUGCCCAGCUACAUUGCAAGGUGCCACAUUGCCUUUACGCAGGUGGGCUACCUUGGAAAUAUAUACAUGUCGUGCAUUGGAGAGAUAGGAUGAACGUCGUUGGUGCUGCAUCAGAGUACCCGUUGCAUUGGCGUUCGUCACAUUUGGUACACCGCCAUUAUCACCAAUGGACUGAUUAUCGCUACAGAGCUGCUCUCGGAACACUUGGCAAUGAACUGCACUGGUGCGCUUUCUGCCACGAAGGCACAAAGACCUAAACCCGCUCAGCCGGAACUACUUUUUUAAAAUAUAUAAUAGUUUUAUUAGAAGUGAUGUACAAUAAUAUAAG